UCAUGGCGGACAUGAGGAUUUACCGUGUGUUUGGAGGAAUCGCAAUGUUGUUGGCUAUAGCAAUAGCUGUAACUGUAGUGAUUGAUCUGGAACCAAAGAAGAAGAUGAUCCUUUUCAGAGUUCAAUUUCUUUUAGUAUUUUGUUUGGUACUUGGCGCUAUUUCGCGUUAUGUUUGGAUUAAUCUAACUGUGUUACUUCCGAACCGGCAUUCGAACUCAAGAGUGUUAGUCUUCACUCACUGGAUUUUGUAUGUUGUUCUCGCUACUUUUCUUGGGCUUGCUUUCUUCAGUUUUGUCAUUGGUCGAAUGCUUAUCAGUGUGGAGCCUUACUUCAUCAACAUGCUGGCAUUUACGUGUCUAGGUCUUCUUAUUUUGAUUUUCUUUAACUUAUUGGUACUAAGCGUUGUUUUUGGAUUGUUACGAAUGUGCAGCUUUAGAAUUCCCAAUCCUGACAAGUGGAAAACCAUAAUAGCUACAACUUUUUCUUUACUUCUUUGCAUACAAGGGUUAACAACGGCUUACAAAGGGCCAAAAAUAAGACGGGUUACUGUUCCUCUUUCUAAACUACCGGCAUCUUUUGAUGGUACUACGGUAGUACAACUCUCAGAUAUUCACCUCGGGCCUUUGGUUGGAUUAGAUACUCUCGAAAGAGUUGUGAAGAUGGUAUCUGCUAUGAAGCCGGAUAUCAUCGUCAUUACAGGAGAUCUGGUGGAUUCUACCGUGGCAAACUUGAAAAAAGUUGUAUUUCCUCUCAAGAAGCUGAGAUCAAAGUACGGAUCAUACUUUGUUACAGGAAAUCAUGAAUAUUACACUGGAGAUACUGAUGCAUGGCUUGAGGAACUCAAACAACUUGGAAUUCAACCUCUUCACAACUCGCAUGUUAUUAUUUCAAACAAAGCCAGUCCUGGAGACAAAUUAUAUCUUGCUGGAGUAGAUGAUCCAGAUGCUGACCGUAUGAGGUAUCAGAACCAUGGUAUGAAGUUGUCACAAGCCCUAAAUGGCAGAUCCAGCAGGUUUCUCACAGUUCUCUUGGCACACCAACCAAAGGCUGCCCAGCAAGCAUUGGACCAGUAUCAGGACAUUGAUUUGAUAUUGUCAGGGCACACUCAUGGAGGACAGUUCUUUCCCAUGAACAUACUGAUAUAUUUUUUCAAUCCAUUUUUUGCUGGACUUUAUAAAUAUAAAGAAAGUUAUGUUUAUGUUACUUCAGGAACAUGUUUUGCUGCUGUACCUUUGAGAAUUGGCUCUGUAGGAGAGAUAACUGUGCUUUCAUUAACUACCCCAAAGCUAUGAAUUUCUGUCAAUCAGUUACUUUAGUGGGGAACCAUUUGGGGUAUUUAUUGCAGCUGGAGCAGUGUUAAGAAAAAGUGAAUCACCAUAAUUUUUUGGUAAAUUGGGUUUGUGCAGUUGACAGUCAAGGUAAAAAGAUUCCUAACUUAAGUCUUUCACCUCCUCCCUUGGAAUCUUUGGCAACAAUGAAGUUUCUCCAUUUAGCCGUAUCUUUGCCACAUAUAAGAUCCUAAGGGUCUUUUACCUGACUGAUAUCCAACACAAUACUUUUAAUAGUUUAAUGCUUUAUUUGGUAAU